AGAAGCAAGAAGAUAAUCUUUGGUGAGAUACAAAAAGGAACGGUGAAGAAGAUUCCGAUAAGCGACAUUCCGGUGGAGAUUUGCAGAAUACCUACUGUUUCUCUUUGAUUCUGGCUUCCGGAAAGUGAUAUUCCGGAAUUGGUUUGAUGAGAGGAUGAGUGGGAUUUGAAGAGUAAGAUAAGAGUGAGCAAAAGAAAGGAAGAUCUGGUGGUUAUGGGAGCGUCUCUGUCGAACUUGGCGGAGGGCGGAGGAGGAGGAAAUGGUGGUUCGACGAUUGGUCCAGGAUUAGGAGAUAUACCGGAAAGUUGUGUAGCAUGUGUAUUUAUGUACUUAACACCGCCGGAGAUUUGUAAUUUAGCUCGUUUAAAUCAUGCUUUUCGUGGUGCUGCUUCUUCUGAUGCUGUUUGGGAAUCGAAAUUGCCUCAUAAUUAUCAAGAUCUGUUGCAAUUUUAUUCUUCUUCACCUCUUGAUGAUGUUGAUGAUGGGAAUACAUAUCAGAAUUCGUCCAAGAAAGAUAUUUAUGCUCGGCUUUCUCGUUCAAUCUUCUUCGACGACGGCAACAAGGAAGUUUGGUUGGAUAGAGUGAGUGGAGGAGUAUGUAUGGCAAUUUCGGCUAAGGGUAUGUCAAUAACUGGGAUUGAAGAUAGGAGAUACUGGAAUUGGAUUCCUACUGAAGAAUCAAGGUUCAAUGUAGUUGCUUUCUUGCAACAAAUAUGGUGGUUUGAAGUGGAUGGGGUGGUGAAGUUUCCUUUCCCUGCUGGUAUUUACACUCUGUUGUUCAGGCUUCACAUUGGCAAGUUUUCUAAAAGACUGGGGCGUCGUGUUUCUAAUUUUGACCAAACCCAUGGGUGGGACAUAAGGCCUGUACGUUUUGAGCUCUCUACAUCAGAUGGACAACAAGCUUCAUGUGAGUGUUGUUUGGAUGAGUCUGAAAGAGAUGAUAUGAAUACAAACCUGAAACGUGGUUGCUGGAUAGAUUAUAAGGUAGGGGAAUUCAUUGUGACAGACUCAGAACCCACAACGGAAGUAAGAUUCUCCAUGAAGCAGAUCGACUGCACACAUUCUAAAGGUGGGUUAUGUGUAGAUGCUGUGUACAUCAUUCCAAGUGAUCUGAGAGAGAGAAGAAGAAGACAGAUUUUGAAGUAGCAAUUAACAGGAUGGGGGCGCAUUCUUUGGUUGCGUCAGUUGAAAAUAUUAGACUCUUAAUGCUCUUCCUCUUGAAAAUGUUUUGUAUUUUCUCAGGGUGUUCUUUAGGUAUAUUCAUUUCUUAUUUUUUUGGGUGCUUAUAUAUGAAUGACUGACAGAUUAUGAAUACAGGUUUUUAGAUAGAUGUCUCAUUUGUUUUUGUUACUGUAAGUAAUGGUAAUAAAUAUCUUCAAAGUUUUU